ACCCUGUCAGUUGUCAGAUUUGAAUUCAGACAAAGUUAACGUUUGUUUGUUGUUUUUAAUCUAACUUUGCUGUUUUAUUCUGUUGAGGCAAAUCCAUACUUUUUCGUUUAUUCCAUUUACCAUUAAUUUUCAAGAUCCAUUAAAAUGUCAGAUAAGCUGCUUAAUGAGCUCAGAUCCAGUUUGGAAUAUUGUUUGGAAGCAAAUCGGAAAGCAACGUUCAAAAAGUGGGUUUUCAGUGACAAUGUUCAGUGCAAUGCAGCAAAGUUAGCAGAGGCAGGAUUUAUAUUCGUGGGAAAUUCACGAGAACCAGAUACUGUAUCAUGUUUUCUUUGCAACAAGUCUCUGGAUUGUUGGGCCAAGGAUGAUGAUCCUUGGUCAGAACACUUGAAGCAUGCCCCAGACUGUUCUUUUGCCAAGAAAAACAAGCCUGAGAAAUCGCUUACUCUCUCAGAAUUCAUCGAUAUUAGAAACGAAUUAAUUGAAAGCAUUAUAGAUAAGGCAUGCCAGAAUAGUUUAGAGAAUGUUACUCGAGGAGUUGAUGAAAUUUUAGAAUUAGUGGCUGCUUUAAAGUAAUUUUUACAAAAAGACGUAAUUAGAAAUAAGGUGGAUGUGUGUGCCUAUUUAAUCUCCAGUAUUUUUUAGAUAACAGUAAAAUAUGUUUCUUAUCUGUU